AUGGACAAGGAGAAUGUUUUCGAUGAUGAUAGUGAUAUUGAAUGCGAGGAAAAGCCUAUGUUGGCACUGUCGGGUUCGGAUAUCGAUGAACUGGAGAAACAAUUGAUGAAUACAACUGUACAUUAUGAGAGUGAAGAGUAUAGUGAUGACGAUAUUGUUUAUCCGUACGAUGCUGUUGAAAAGAUGGAUAAGGUUUUGCAUCAUGAGAAAGACACUUAUGAGAGUGAAGAAUAUAGUGAUGAUGAUAUUAUAUAUCCACACCGUUCUACCAGUUACUCAUCAAUCCUACAGCAAACUACUAAUGAACAAUGGACACUAGUUGAACCUGGAAGUGAUAAGAUACCAAAAGUCUUACCCGAUUUCAACGAGAAAGUUGGACCUACCUUUUCAGUUAGUUCAUGUCCUUCACCAUCCGAUUUCUAUAACGAAAUGCUACCUGAUUCGUUAUUUGAUUAUAUUGUUAUAUGCACUAACACGCGUGCUCAUCUUCAUUUUGGCACUCCUAUAUCAUCAUCAGAAUCUAAAGAAUCAUGGAAGCCAGUUACACGUGAAGAAAUCAAAAAGUUUUUCGCUAUUAUUGUUCAUAUUGGUUUGAUUUGCAAAAGAUCAAUUAAUGAAUAUUGGUCGACUGAUCCUUAUUUAAUAACACCAAUAUUUUAUUCUCCAGAAUAG